UAGGCGGGGCUUCCACGUUAGGCGCGGGAUUCUCCUCGGCUGGCUAGGCGCUUCCCAGCUUCCUGCACCGAUCAAGCAGCAUGUGUUCCGUGGUUCCCGAUUACUCUCCUGGCUUUAAGAAGCCGCCGGAGACCCUGCGCUUGAAGAGGAAGAGGUCUCGGAGAAGCGAAACGGUCGCGGUCGCCGGAGAGUUUCCGUCCGCGGCAGCCCUCAAGGACUUGCCUGCUUCCCCUCGGCUCUGUCCGGGGAGUCGUCGGCGUAACCCCUUCCUGAACGUGGAGAACGCGCCUCGUCUUCUGCCGGCACCCGGUCUGGUUCAGCCUUCAAGCCAGAAGUUUGCAGGAGUGGAGUGGUUAGUGGCGAGGAACGACGUAUCCGGCAGUUCCGGAAAGCAGUUUUUAAAAAGUCUUCAUGAAGAUGGGUCCAUAUGGAAAGAAGAGCUUUCUGAAAUAGCAACUGCAGACACACUGAUCAAUGACUCCUAUUUGGCCACUUCCAAUACUGACGUUCCUUCCUCACCCAGUUAUGAAUUUCCUGCAGACUGGAGUAUUAAAACUCGUCUUCUAUUCACUUCUUCUCAAUCAUUUGCAUGGGCAGAUCACUUAAAAGCUCAAGAAGAAUCCCAAGGAUAUAUCCAGCAUUGUAGAGCAGCAUUCAUAAACUUACCCCAAAAUAUUCAGGAACCAAAACUUUCCACAGAACUUCGAUGUGCUUUCCAGCAAAAUCUUGUAUAUUGGCUUCAUCCAUUCUUCCCAUGGCUACCACUUUUUCCUCGAAUUGGAGCCGACAGAAAAAUGGUUGGAAAAAGUCACCCUUGUGCCUCUAAUGAACUCCAGCAAAUGUUCCUGAGUGAAUGGUCUCUCAGUUUUACCUCUCUUUAUAAUCUGUUGAGAGCCAAGCUGUGUCCCUAUUUCUACGUUUGUACUUAUCAAUUCACUGUAUUGUUCCGUGCAGCAGGACUUGCUGGAAGCGAUACGAUCACUGCGUUAAUUUCUCCCACAACCAAAGGAUUAAGGGAAGCCAUGAAAAAUGAAGGGAUUGAAUUUGUUUUACCAUUCCAAGAAAUUAGACAAAAGAAAAUCAGUGCUACAGCUUCUUCUUUAGAAACAGAACUUGAAAAAGAUACUGAAAUAACAGGCAAUGAAAUUGAAGAAGAACCGGGAACAAGUGGUGGCGAUGAUGAUGAUGAUGAUGAUGAUGGGUUUUUAUGGCUGGUGGAAAUGGGAGUUGAAGGCAAAAUUAAAAAACCAGACACAAUUUCUACCAAACUCUACAAAGAAAAAAAUGAGAUAAAAAUGGAUCACAGGCCUGAAUCUCUGGUGUUAGUAAAAGGGACAAAUACAUUCACUUUGCUGAACUUCUUGAUAAACUGUAAAAGUUUGGUGGCUUCUGCAGGUCCUCAGGCUGGCAUCCCUCCAACAUUGCUGUCCCCAGUUGCUUUUAGAGGUGCAACAAUGCAAACACUCAAGGCCCGAAGCGUAAAUGUGAGAACACAAGCCCAUUCACGUUAUAAAGAUCUAUUUAGUUUGGAGAUUGUGGGCCCUAUCAUGCCCCAUUGUCUCCAUGCUUUGUCCAUGCUACUCAAAUCUGCUCAAAAUGGAACUUUCUCUGCUGUAUGUUAUACACAUGAACCAACAGCCGUGCUUAACACAGACAUCAGUGACAAGCAGCAUAUAAAGAAGGAAUCUCUUAUCAAAGACCUUUGCAAUUGUGGAUUGCAUCCUAACACUUUAGAUCAACUUAUUCUUAAUUCAACACUGGGAAAAUCUUCAAUAAGGCUCCUAGAAAUGAAUGACUAUCUCUACACAUGGAAAAUCUAAUGAUAAUUUAAAAUGACUUAUUUGGAGCACUUCCUUGUGCUCAGUGCUCAUUAAUUUUACUUAUUGGUAGAAUGUGUAAUCUUUAUAUAAUUGCUUUGUUAUUAUUUGUUAAACUUGUAUUACCUGAAGUACACAUUUUAAAUUAAACUUUAUUUUUAAGAAUUUUGUGUUUUGACAUUUAUAAUUACUAUGGAUCUAAGGAAGACGGUUGGGUGAGGAAAAAAUGUUGCAAUACUCCCUUCUACUGUCCAUGGCUUUUUCCUUUAUUAUAUAUGUCACACUUCUUAAUACAAAUGCUGAGGCCUUCAAAGUAUCCAUAUUGCAUUAUACUCAUGGUAUUUUUGAACCAGAUUACCCUUCAGUAGGUGGCCACUAUAGGAAUGGGCUUGAAAGGCACAACAGCUUGCAGCAGUUAUUUCAGAAAUGUAACCACAAGUUAUUUUAAAGAUAGUAAAAAAUAACAAUUUCAUAUUUUAGGCAGGACUGCCAAAAAUCUCUGGGAUGGAAAGGCUUUUUAAAAAACAUUAAUUUUAGCUGCUAAGGUGUUCUUGCGUAUCUGGGAUCAGCUGUAAACAAAACAGAAUUUGCCCUGCACAUUAGAAUGAAUGGCCUAAUAGGCAAGGCACAUUUUGGAUACGGACUAAGAUUAAGGUAUUCCUAAUAUCUGCAAUUCAGAUUAGACUGAACUGUUUAUUUUAUGUAUGUGUAUGGACACUACCCAUGGAGGAACUCUUGGGUUCUCAGUCAAAUGACUAGCAGGAAGCUACACAAUAAUUCUGUUAGUAGCUAACUGUUGCAUUCAGAAUUACUUGGGGAGAAGUAGCAUCUAAAACCAAUCCAACUAGUCUUUUUAUUCAGCUUAAGAUUAAACAGUGGAAAACUACAGUCUUCAAAUAUAGCCAGUCUGAUAGACAUACAAUGCUAAAUAUAUUAUGAUUUCACCUUCUGCUAUAUGAGGACAUCAAACUUUAAUCAAAGGCCAACUAGAAAAUAGUUCCAAUUUGAUCUCAGCCAUAUCUGUCAUUGGAAAUAUUUCCAAUUUGCAUAUAUCAAUAACAUGAUUCCUUAAGUUUAAAAAAUCCUAUUAAAUUAUAAAGCCUAAAUUCUUUAAAUUUCAGAUUAUAACAGAAAACUAAAAGUCGCUACUAAUGCCUCUUGUUCCAGUGAUCAAAAUGUACGUUGUAUCGUUCUGUUAAUUGGCUGGUAAAUAAGAAUGAAGUUAUACUGCUUUAUUUGACCAAGCGGAAUACAACAACAAUAGCAUCAUUAUACAUCCCCAUCCAAUUAUCGCUGAACAUUUGUUUACUACAAAUGUGUAUAAU